CUCGGAGUGCUUCUACGACCAUGCCCUACCUUGCACCACAUCACUCCGAGCCCUCGCCGGCCGCGCCUAUCCUACGCAAACAACUCACACCACGCACCAUGUAUAAAUCGCGCGUCGCCUCGUCUGUCGCCCGCAGCAUGUACUUACAUCAUUACUGGCGCCCCAUCGUGUAGCCCACCAAUAUCACGCUUGCGCACGACAUCCCUACACAGCACUCACGUCGACCGGACGUUCCCUAUUCCCGACAUACGUUGCUGAAAGGAGCAUUAUGGCUAGGGCAGACUCGACAAAGUAUGAGUACUCCGUCGAAGAGCCGCUGAAUCGGGAGCCAGAAUUAGAAGAAUUGGUUUCAAGUUUCCUCACGAAGGAAGGGAAGGGCUACGACAGGAAUCAUGGCCCGAUACCACACAUCGACAAGGAAGAGCAUAAGGUCAAAGUCAAUGGACUGGUGAAGAAAGAGCUAAAUCUUAGUAUUGGAGAAUUGGAGAAGCUUCCGCAGAAGAGUAUAAUAUGCGCACUACAAUGCGCCGGCAACCGUCGCCACACCAUGCGCACGAAGCUCAAAGAAGUCUCCGGCAUCGACUGGUUCGACGGCGCUGUCAUGAACUGCUCCUGGACCGGCCCUCUCCUCCGCGAUGUUCUCACCUCCGCCUCCCUUAAUGUACCCGAAUCUUCCUAUGCCACCACUCACGUAGCGUUCGCCUGCUUCCAGACGCCGACCCAAGAAGACGAGUGGUAUGGCGCGAGCGUGCCAUUAUCACGUGUAAUGGACCCCGAGAGCGGUAUUAUUCUUGCGCUGCAGAUGAAUGGGAAGCCGUUGUCGCCGAACCACGGGGCACCUGUGCGCGUGGUGACGCCGGGUAUUGCAGGAGCGCGCAGCGUGAAGUGGCUGGAUCGUGUAACAGUGCAGACGUGCGAAUCGGACAACUUCUACCAGAGACACGACUAUAAGAUCCUCCCUCCUGAAGCCACCUGCAAAGAAGAAGCGGAGAAAUGGUGGGAUCGCGUGUCCGCCCUCCAAGACAUGCCCAUCAACAGUGUCAUCGCGAUCCCUGCCUCCUCUUCCACUAUUCACCUCUCGCCCGACGGCACCACAGAAGUUAAAGGAUACGCGCUGCCCUCAGGCUCCGAUGGGCCGAUUACCAAAGUCGAGAUCUCGACCGACGACGGCGAGACAUGGCAACUUGCAGAGCUGCUAGAGGACCAAGAGACAGACGGUGCGGAACUCAAGUGGGCAUGGUCUUUGUGGCGAGCGAGGGUGAAGUUUGAGAAGGGCCAUGGGAGGAAGGUGUUGAGUCGGGCGACUGAUACAAGUGGGAAUACGCAGGUGAAAUGUCCUGAGUGGAACCUGAGGGGUGUGGCGUAUAAUGGGUAUGGAGAGGCGAGUGAUCUCUAUGUGGUAUAAAUGGUGUAGAGC